CUCCCCAGGUUGAAUCUGGUAACAACAUAAAUGAAAUAAAUAAAGAAGAUGAAGCAUCUGAUCCAAGAUCAGGAGAUAACUUAGUUGAAAUAGGUGAAACGAAGAAGUAUUUGAUUCAGAAAUUUGCCAGUCUUGUAAACAAAAAGUUGAAGCC